AUGUCGGCCUUUGAGACCUUCGACAACAUCUUCCUCGACCUCUCCAAGGAGUCCGGCAAAUGUCGCUUCGCCGAGAAUGGUCUGGGUUGGAAGCCCUCUGGCGGUGGUAACACCUGGACUCUGGACAGCGGCGACAUAGCCAGCGCCCAGUGGAGUCGCGCCUCAAAGGGCUAUGAGGUAAAGGUCCUCAAGCGUUCCUCCGAGGUCGUUCACCUCGACGGCUUCCAGCAGGAGGACCUUGAGCGCCUCGUCAAGAUCUUCAAGAACUGGUACAGCAUCAACCUGGACCCCAAGGAGCACGCCCUCCGCGGCUGGAACUGGGGCAAGUCCGAAUUUUCAAAGGCAGAGCUCGUCUUCAACGUCCAGAACAAGCCGGCCUUCGAGAUACCCUACUCCGAAAUCGCAAACACAAACCUUGCCGGUCGCAACGAGGUCUCUGUCGAGUUCGAAGCCUCCAACGAGGACGAUACCGGCACUAAUGGCCAUCUCGGCGGUGCCCGUGGUCGCGGCAAGAAGUCUGGUGGUGGAAAGGAUCAGCUUGUAGAAAUGCGCUUUUACAUUCCCGGCACAGCCACCCGCAAGGAAACGGAGGGAGAAGAUGCUGGUAGCGAUGCCGGAGAGGAGGAGAAGAACGCUGCCACUCUUUUCUACGAGACCCUGAUUGAUAAGGCCGAGAUUGGCGAAACCGCGGGUGACGCCAUUGCCACAUUUCUUGAAGUCCUUCAUCUCACGCCCAGAGGUCGUUUCGAUAUCGAUAUGUACGAUAGCUCGUUCCGGCUGCGUGGCAAGACGUACGACUACAAGAUCCAAUACGAGCACGUCAAGAAGUUCAUGGUCCUGCCCAAGCCGGAUGACCUGCAUUGCAUGCUCUGUAUCGGAUUGGACCCACCACUCCGACAAGGUCAAACGCGGUAUCCUUUCUUGGUCAUGCAGUGCAAGAAGGAUGAGGAGGUGACCAUCGAUCUCAAUCUUACGGAGGAAGAGCUCAAGGAAAAGUAUCAGAGCAAAGUGCAGGCACACUAUGAACAGCCACUCCACCAAGUCAUCACCUACAUCUUCAAGGGACUUGCCAACAAGAAGAUCACGUCACCGGCCAAAGACUUCAUCACCCACCGUGGUCAGUAUGGCAUCAAGUGCGCAAUCAAGGCAGCCGAGGGCUUCCUCUACUGCCUCGAGAAGGCCUUCAUGUUCGUUCCCAAGCCUGCCACCUACGUAUCAUACGAGCAGACUUCUUCGAUAACCUUCUCUCGUGUCAGUGGAGCAGUUUCGGCUCUCUCCACCUUUGACAUUGCCGUGCAUAUGAAGACCGGAGGUCCCACUCAUCAGUUCAGCAACAUUAAUAGAGAAGACCUGAAGGGCCUCGAGGACUUCUUCAAACUCAAGGGUCUGCGUGUUAAGAACGAGAUCGACGAGGACGCUACAUUGCUCAAGCAGGCGCUCCGGGAGGAAGCCAUGAUGGACGAUUCAGAGGAGGAGGCGCCAAAUGGUGCCGAUCGCGGAUCCGCUGACGAGGACGAGGAGAGCGUAGACGAAGACUUCAAGGCAGAUAGUGAGAGCGAUGUCGCGGAGGAGUAUGACUCGAAUCACGAGUCCUCUGGUAGUGGCAGCGGUGAAAGUGACGUAGAAGGGGACGGCGGCGAUGACGACGACGACGAAGACAUGUUGGACGAUGAGGACGAGGAUGAGAAGCCUGCCAAGAAGCAAAAGACCAAAUGA